AACCAUCCUCGGCCGUUAAAGUUCAAUUGACAAGCAGAUCGGCUGAUCCGAUAAUCAAUCUUUACAAUGUUCCGUACAGCUUUCCGUUCCGCUGCUCGCUCAGCUGCUAUUCGUACUUCCGCCGCCGGUGCGUCUCGCCGUGCGUACGCAACUACCCAGCCUCCCAAGUCAUCUAACACCGGUGCUCUCGUCGGUAUCGCAGCCUUGGUCGCUGGCGGAGCCGGUUACUACUUUUACUCCCAGAACGAGGUUGCGCCUAAGCUCCAGACCGCUGAGGAUGCUACCCGCGCCGUGAAGGAACACAAGGUCGACUACCAGAAGGUCUACAAGGAGAUUGCCGAGCUCUUAGCCUCCGAGGCGUCUGAGGCUUACGAGGACGGUUCUUACGGACCUGUUAUUGUCCGUCUCGCGUGGCACGCUUCUGGUACCUACGACAAGGAGACCGGUACUGGUGGUUCCAACGGUGCCACUAUGCGUUUCGCCCCCGAGUCUGACCACGGUGCCAACGCUGGUUUGAAGGUCGCCCGUGAUGCAUUGGAGCCUAUCAAGCAGGCUAAUCCUUGGAUCUCCUACUCCGACUUGUGGACUUUGGCCGGUACCUGUGCCAUCCAGGAGUUGUCUCUCGGUAACGUGAAGGUCCCAUGGAGGCCCGGUCGUCAGGACAAGGACGUCGCUGCCUGCACACCUGACGGUCGUCUCCCCGACGCCUCCAAGGAGCAGAAGCAUUUGCGCGGUAUCUUCUACCGCAUGGGUUUCAACGACCAGGAGAUUGUCUUGUUGUCUGGUGCCCACGCUCUCGGACGAUGCCACACUGACCGCUCCGGUUUCGAUGGUCCCUGGACUUUCUCUCCUACUGUUUUGACCAACGCCUAUUACCAGCUCUUGAAGUCCGAGAAGUGGUCCUGGAAGAAGUGGGAUGGACCUAAGCAGUUCAUUGACGACGGUUCCAGGAGCUUGAUGAUGUUGCCUACCGACAUGGCUCUCAUCAAAGACAAGGAGUUCAAGAAGUGGGUUGACAUCUACGCUGCUGAUGAGAAGAGGUUCUUCGAGGAUUUCGGUAAGGUCUUUACCACGUUGAUGGAGUUGGGUGUCCCCUUCCCUGUGGAGUCCAAGCCCAUCACUUUCGACGCUAUCAACGCUUAGAGUGUUUCCGAUAGAGAGAGCGUGAGAGGAAGAGAUAGGAGAUAAAGGGGACCAGAGUGGUACCCUCAUAUACCA